AUGGCGGCUUCAGGCGCUGCAGUGAAUGAUCCUUCGCUGCUGACGGUGAUCCUGGACACAAACCCGCAUGCUUGGGCACAGCUUCAAGAGACACUCCCGCUCUCCUCUGCCGUGGCGAACCUGCUGGUCUUCAUCAACGCUCAUCUGGCAUGCAACUACGCAAACAAGGUGGCCGUCGUGGCCAGUCACAGCCAUCAGGCCGUCUGGCUGUACCCAACUCCCCCGGCCACGGUUCCCGAUGAUGCCGCUGCCGACUCGCAAAAGAAACACCUCCGCCCGUCCAAUAACGACCAGGACGGAGAUACACCCAUGACCGACUACGGGGAACCUGUCGUCCCCGCGCAGGUGCAGCAGCGUGAGCAGCAGCCGAACAAGUACCGUCCUUUUCUCCUGGUCGAGCAGCAGUUGACCCGAAACCUCAACCGGCUUCUCACGCGCACCCGAGCAGAAGAAAUAUCCCCUUCUACCACUUCAUCAUCAUCUUCUACCAUGAUGGCCGGUGCUCUCACCCUUGCGCUCAGCUAUAUCAACCGCGAAACAAUUGCCUACCUCGAGGCACAUGGCACCGCGGCAGGCUCCGAUCAGGCCGCAGGCGGAGCGGGAGGCCUCCCUCCACCCCCUGGUGGUGCCCCUCCCACAUCUGAUAAGGCUAAUGCCACUACAGCUACGGACGCCGGUGCUCUCCAGUCUCGUAUCCUGAUCAUCUCCGUCAGCAGUGCUGCAGACUCCGCUCAGCAGUACAUACCCAUAAUGAACAGCAUCUUUGCUUGCCAGCGUCUACACAUACCCAUCGACAUAUGCAAGCUAGCCGGAGAUGCUGUUUUUCUACAACAGGCCUGUGACGCUACUCGUGGGAUAUACAUGUCCCUAGACUCCCCGCGAGGGUUUCUACAGUACCUUAUGCUGGCCUUCUUGCCUGAUCAGCGGGCAAGGCGGAACCUGAUACUGCCUACCCGUGUUGAUGUCGACUUCCGCGCUGCUUGCUUCUGCCAUCGGAAAGUCGUCGAUGUCGGGUUUGUGUGUAGUAUCUGCCUCAGUAUCUUCUGUGAACCGCCUGAGGGUGCCAAUUGUCUGACUUGUGGCACCCAUCUGGCUCUCGGUGACUACGGGGCCAAGCCAGUCGUUGUUGCACGGAAAAAGAAGCGUAAGAAGGCUUCGGCAAAGGCACUCAAUGGAGCAGGCAACGGAGUCUCUUCUGGCCCAGCCACCCCGAGUUCGAUGGCAACUACCCCAGCUCCUUGA